GCAACCCCGGCGCAGGAGAGCCGAGGGGAGGGCGCGGCAGGGCCCGCGCGGAGCAGCUGCGCGACAGCUUUGGCUUCGCGGUGCGGAGCUCCGGCAACUGUGAACAUGAACCUUGUGGCGGGAGCCUUUCUCAGGAUGCUCUUCCUUUUGUCUGUUCAGCCCCGGAGCACAGGAGUAGCGGGGAACACUUAUGACUGUGAGACUCCGCUGGCGUCCUCCUUGCCUCGCGCGUCCUUCAGCAGCUCCUCAGAGCUGUCCAGUAGCCACGGGCCUGGGUUUGCAAGUCUCAAUCGCAGAGAUGGAGCUGGUGGCUGGACCCCACUUGUAUCAAAUAAAUACCAGUGGCUGCAGAUUGACCUUGGAGAGAGAAUGGAGGUCACAGCUGUGGCCACCCAGGGAGGAUACGGGAGCUCCGACUGGGUGACCAGCUACCUCCUGAUGUUCAGUGACGGUGGGAGGAACUGGAAGCAAUAUCGGCGAGAAGAAAGCCUCUCGGGUUUUCCAGGAAACACAAACGCAGAUAGUGUGGUCCACUACAGACUCCAGCCUCCCUUCGAAGCCCGGUUCCUGCGCUUCCUCCCCUUAGGCUGGAAUCCUAAGGGCAGGAUUGGGAUGCGGGUCGAGGUGUACGGAUGUGCAUACAGAUCUGAGAUGGUUAAUUUUGAUGGAAAAAGUUCCUUGCUGUACACAUUCAAUCAGAACACCAUGAGUCCAACAAAAGAUGUUUUUUCUUUGAAAUUUAAAACCAGGCAGAAUGGUGGGAUUCUACUCCACAGAGAAGGACAAAAUGGCAAACACAUCACCCUGGAGUUAGUUAAAGGAAAACUCAUCUUAUUACUUAAUUCAGGCAAAGCCAACCGGCCCUCCCCUGACGCCAGCGUGACCCUCACCCUGGGCAGCCUGCUGGAUGACCAGCAUUGGCACCAUGUCCUCAUUGAAAUCCUCAACACGCAUGUCAGCUUCACUGUGGACAGGCACACUCAUCGUUUCCAGGCAAAGGGAGAGUCCAGCUACUUGGAUCUUGAUUAUGAGAUCAGCUUUGGAGGGAUUCCUGGACAUGGAAAAUCAGUGGCAUUCCCACAUAAAAAUUUUCAUGGCUGCUUUGAAAAUCUCUGUUAUAAUGGAGUGGAUAUCAUUGAUCUGUCCAAGAAACACAAACCACAGAUCCUCAUCAUGGGAAACGUGUCCUUCUCGUGUUCAUACCCUCAAACUGUCCCCGUGACUUUUCUGAGCUCCAGGAGUUACUUGGCUCUGCCACGCACCUCCGGAAAGGAUAAAGUGUCUGUCACUUUCCAAUUUCGAACGUGGAACAGAGCAGGACCAUUGCUGACCAGUCAGUUUCAACAUGGGUCGGGGGCUCUCGCCCUUGUUCUUAAUGAAGGAAAGCUCAAACUGAGUCUCUCCCAGCCUGGACAUUCAGCGAGGGACGUCACAGCAGGUGCUGGAUUGAAUGAUGGACAGUGGCACUCUGUGUCCUUAUCUGCUAAAGGGAGUCACCUGAAUGUGAUGGUGGACGGUGCGGCAGCCUCCAUGGCCCAUUCCCUGAGUGGGCAGAUUGAUCUGGGCGACAACUAUUAUUUGGGGGGCUGUCCCAGCAACAGCUCUGGCUCUGGAUGUGGAAGUCCCCUGGGGGGAUUUCAGGGCUGCCUGAGGCUCAUCUCCAUUGGUGACAAGGCAGUGGAUCCCAUCUCAGUACAGCAGGGGGUGCUGGGGAGUUUUCGUGACCUCCUGAUUGACUCCUGUGGCCUCACAGACAGGUGUUUGCCCAGCUUCUGUGAGCACAAGGGUGAAUGUUCCCAGUCCUGGGACUCCUUCUCCUGUAACUGCGCACACACUGGUUAUGCGGGUGCGACCUGCCAUUCCCCUCUCUACGAGCAAUCAUGUGAAGCCCACAAGCACCGAGGGGACUCUUCAGGCCUCUAUUAUAUCGACUCAGAUGGAAGUGGCCCUUUGGGAGCAGCUCUUGUUUAUUGCAACAUGACAGACACAGCGUGGACCUCAGUGCAGCACAAUGGCUCCCACUUGGCCAGGGCCAAAAGCUCCGAUGAAGAGAACCUCCCUCCUGUGGUUUUCAAGUACAGGGCCAGCAUGGACCAGCUCCAGGCCAUAACUGACCGUGCGGACCACUGCCAACAGGAGCUGGCUUUCCACCCCAAGAAGUCAAGGCUUUCACGUCACCAUGAUGGAACCCCAGUGAGCUGGUGGGUUGGAAGAACCAAUGAAACACACACUUACUGGGGAGGUUCUCUGCCUGAUGCUCAAAAGUGUACUUGUGGAUUAGAGGGGAACUGCAUUGAUUCUCAAUAUUACUGCAACUGUGAUGCUGACCGGAAUGAAUGGACCAGCGACACAGUCAUCCUCUCCUGUAAGAAGCACCUGCCGGUCACUCGGGUUGUGAUGACAGACGCAGGCCAACCACAUUCUGAAGCAGCGUAUACACUGGGGCCUCUGCUCUGCUGGGGGGACAAGUCAUUUUGGAAUUCUGCUUCCUUCAAUACUGAAACUUCAUACCUGCAUUUCCCUACAUUCCGAGAAGAGCUUAGCGCUGAUGUAUCUUUCUUUUUUAAGACGACAGCUUCUUCUGGGGUGUUCAUAGAGAAUUUGGGGAUCACAGACUUCAUCAGGCUCGAGCUACGCGCUCCUGCAGAAGUGACCUUUUCCUUUGAUGUGGGGAAUGGGCCUUGUGAGGUCACAGUGCAGUCUCCCAGGCCCUUUAACGACAAUCGGUGGCACCACGUGAGGGCAGAGAGGAACGUCAAAGAAGCAUCACUUCAAGUGGAUCAGCUUCCUAGCAAGACCCAGUCUGCGCCUGCUGAUGGGCACACCCGCUUACAGCUCAACAGCCAGCUUUUUGUGGGUGGGACAGCAACCAGACAGAGAGGCUUCCUGGGAUGCAUUCGGGCCCUGCAACUGAAUGGGCUGGCCUUGGAUCUGGAAGAAAGAGCCACGAUGACGCCCGGAGUGGAGCCAGGGUGCCCAGGACACUGCAGCAGCUAUGGACACUUGUGUCGCAAUGGAGGGAGCUGUAGAGAGAAACACAGAGGUGUUUCUUGUGACUGUGCCUUCUCUGCCUAUGAUGGGCCAUUCUGUGAGAAUGAAAUUUCUGCGUAUUUUGGAAGUGGCUCAUCAGUUACCUACAAUUUUCAAGAACAUUACAACUACACCUUCAGUAAGAACUCCAGCUCCUUUGUGGCCUUUUUUUCUGAGGAGUUGACACUGACCAGGGAAACGGCCACACUGAGCUUCCGGACGACAGGGACGCCCAGCUUACUGCUCUACGUGAGCUCCUUCCAGGAGGAGUACCUGUCUGUCAUCCUUGCCCCCAAUGGAAGUUUGCAGAUCAGGUAUAAAUUAGACAGACGCCAAGAACCUGAUGUUUUCAACUUUGGUGUCAAAAGCCUGGCUGAUGGGCAGCUUCACCAGGUGACAAUUGACAGAGAAGCGGCAGUGGUCUCUGUAGAGGUUAACCAGAAUGCAAGGAGAGAAGUCAUCCUGUCAUCGGGGACAGAAUUCAAUGCUGUCAAAUCCCUUACAUUGGGGACGAUUUUAGAGCCCCCUGGCGCGGACCCGGACACGCUGCGAGCCGGCGCGCGGGGCUUCACCGGCUGCCUGUCCUCUGUGCGCUUCGGCCCCGCCACCCCGCUGAAGGCGGCGCUGCUCCCAGGCGGCCCAGGCCCGGUCACCGUCCGCGGACAGGUGGCCGCGUCCCGCUGUGCCCAGGGGGCGGGGCCCGGAGUCCCAGCGCGGGAGGCGACCCGGCCACUCGCAGGUGGCGCAGGUCGUUCUGGACCAACAGAUGAGGGAGAGCCCUUGGUCAAUGCGGACAGAAAUGGCUCCGCGGUCAUUGGAGGUGUGAUAGCGGUUGUGAUAUUUACCUUGCUCUGCACCACUGCCAUAGCAAUACGUGUUUAUCAACAGAGAUGGUUAUACCAAAAAAAUGAGUCGAAUAUUCCAGAAAAUGGAGACAAUACUGAGGCUGCUCUGAAACGUGAACUCAACAUGCAAAGUACAGUCAAUGAAAGCCAGAAAGAGUAUUUCUUCUGAUCGGCAGCAGUGGUUUUACUUACUGCUGUGAUGAUGUGACUUUCUUGUCAAGCCAGGAGCUGCCAGUGGAGGAAGCCCCAGUAUUGUCCUCCUGGGACCGGCGGUGGGGAUGCUGAGCCCUCAGCUUACUCACGCCCGGUCCCAGGAGGCUCUGCCCAGGGCUCCUUAAUGAUCUACUGACGUAACAUGACUUAGGUGCACUCAUCAAUCACUGUUCAGCAGUUUCUGACUGUUCUGACCUGAUCUCCUAAAACUGAAAUGUAUUUUGCAUAAUGACCUUGGGUUUUAAGUGAGAAUAAGGACUUGAGCUGUGGCCCUACUCUCUUAAAAAUGUGACACAGAACUUUAUAAAAGUCAAAGAUGGACUUGAAUGUUUCGUGUUAUGUGGAAACUUACAUUAUGAUUCCUUUAUCAAUUCCCUGAUGACAUUUGUAAACCAGGAAGUGCUUCUCAAAUGGCCUUCAGCUGGGUUUCCAACUUCCUGUGAACCAGAGCCCAGUGGGCAAAAAUGCAUUAGAAACCUGGGGAUGGUGGGGGGAGGGGGAUUUGGCUGAUUGUUUCUAUUAUUCAUCUUUUUAAAAUCAGUAUGGAUACAUUUUAGUAAUGAAAUUGAGUAUUGAAUGUAGGCUCUGAAAUUCUAGUAUUGAGUUUAGUUAUCGAACAGAAAAUUCAUAGGUAGCAACAUGUGUAAAGCAUUCCAACCAAUCUGCUAUGAUUGCUUAUUUUUCUUUGUGAUUUGUCAUUAUAGUCUUUGUAGAUUAUAAUAAUGAUCACCUGAUGAGCUCCCAAAAAUGUACAGUUUCUAACCAAACUUGUUCCCAUGUAGAAACUCUAUACUUAACACUACACAUGUAUCCUUCAUCCAUUUCAUCUGAAUGAAAUAUAAUCCUAAAUUUAUUUCCUUUAAAUGUGAAGUGAUUGGGUCACUUUUCUUUGUAAUCCUGUGAUUCUCUUUUCCUAAAGGUUAUCACAACAAUCUUUUGAUUUCUUGUGACUGUCUUUUAUUUAUUAAGGGAAAAGUCACACUUUGACCUGAAGCUCUCCAUUUCCCUUUCUAUAUUUUGAACUGAUUGGGCAAACCAUUCCCUGAAUUACCAUCUCAUCUAGUUACUAUUUGGAAUCUUACUGGAAGGAUGCUUAUGCUAAGGGAGAUGCAGAUUGUAUAAUCUGAAAUAAAUCUAUCCCUGUAGUCAGGAUUCUAGGAUCUUGCAGUCAGUUUCCAAUAGUGCAUCCAACAUCAACUAGUUCAUUUCAUAGUAGGGUAUAUUUGCGUACUAGGAGAGCAAAGAGUUCAUAUUAACUAUGGGGAUUGUUCCAGUUACUACUUUUGUGACAGUGGUCAUUAGAUAAUUGUAUGGAGCCACCGUUUUCACUCAAUAGUCAAUUAUAAUAAAAAUGUGCUGCACUCCACAUACCCCACCUGCCAUGUGCCUGCCAGGUGAUACAUCGCUUACUUUGACCAGCGCAGGACCGCUAGAACUAUGUAUCUUCAGCCUCGCUAUUUCUUUGAGUGUAUACUUACUUUAAUGUUGUUUUUGUAGGUUUUUUUAAGAAUGGAAAAAGAUAUCCUCUGUAUUAUCUUUUCUCAUUUUUUUUUCUUCUUGUUUUACUUGGAAAGACUUGAACCAGCAGGCUGAGAUCAUACGGACCACCUUAAAGUCCAUCUACCACAACACUGAAUCUAUAUUGAUGUUCCUUUACAUGAAUAAUGGUUCUUAUGAUCUCAAUAUAGUAAUAUAGGAAGGACCUGCCUUGGUGAAUGAUAUACAUACUUUUUUCCCAAACAUCUGUGCAGAUUAGAGAAGGAUUCAAUGCAGAAAUGAUAGGCUUGCUUGAAUGCAUAGCAUAGUGUAAUCAUCAUGAAACUACUGCCACUUUAACAAGUGAUCGUCAUAUGUUCUAAAAGAACACAUCACUUCAGUAGCUCAAAUUUUACAGAGUUAUAAAUAGUGAAACCCACUGCACUCUGCUCUCUUCUCUAAAGAGAAAACAAAAUAUUUGUACGAAAUUGCAGUGAUGCAUCAUUUACUUUCCCUUACUGAUUUGUAAACUUUACCUACUUAUUUGUUAAUAAAAUAACAUUUUUGAAUUAAAUUAGGAAAAUAUUUUUAAGAAGAGUUGAAUAAAAUUUGAAUUAUGAAAUUAUAUUGUUUUCCCCCUAAAUAUUAAAAAAUGUGCAAAUGUACACAUUCUGUAGUGGUGUGUAUUAGUUUAUCUCUACUGUAUGUACGAGGUCUGACAAUUAAGUUCGCGAACUUGUUGCAACAAUGUUGCUAACCGUUUUUGAUAUCA